AAAGUAGGCUAAACAGGCUUCCAAGUGGUGCUCUGGGUGGGAGGCAUAGCUUUACAGGCUCUCCCCUGCCGAUCACAGCAACACUAGUCAAUUGCAGGUGUCUGUGUGCUCACUUAUGCAGAACAGGGCAGGUUGUGCUUUCCUCCAAAUCUGUUACGCUUUCCUGUGACGCAGCACGAGCAGCGGUUCAAAAAGAUGCAGAGGUUGGCUUCAGAUGUCUUGGAGAAGGAACAUUUUUGCCCUCCCCUCCCCAGUUGGUACAGUUGUCGUGUGAUAGGGGAGAGUUAGCUAGUGGGUGGGAAUUGGCAAGACCCAGUGUGGGGUGGGGGGUUUGGGGAUUAAAUGAAAAGUAGGCUAACAAAAACUCAUGGUGGCAUACUAACCUACUCUGUACUGUACAAGUAGAAUCUGGUUGCCCAAGGCACAUUGUAACUGUACCCUCAAAAACGUGGUUCCAUAAAGUCCACCAUAGAUAAUGGGUGGUCUAUCUAUGUUUUUAGAGAAAACAACCUUUUAUUAUGUGAUUUUUGUUACAAAUUAAUGUAAAAUCAAUUGAAAACUCACAAAACAUGACGGUGUACAUGACCCCUCAAUUUAAAAGUAUUAAGUUAAAAUUGGUAGUUUAUUUAAGCUAUAUGUGUGUUCUUAGUCUACUACAAUGACAGGUCAUAGUUAGCCUGGUUACUGAGCUUUACUGCAAAUUGAACUGAAAGAAUCCUGGUGUCCCAUCCAGGGUAUAUUCCUGGGAUAGGCCCCGUAUCCACUACAAACUUAAUCAGAAUAAAGCAGUUUUAGAAAAUGAAUGAAUGAAUAAAUAAUUCUGAUCUCACUUUGAAUGUCCCAACAUAGAUACAUAAAAACAACUUGUACAUUAUGCAUUUUUUUUUUGUACAAAUUGAAGUAAAAUCACUUGACAUAAAUCCACAAAUUGGUACACAUGACCCCUCAGUUUGAACCCUGGUUUGAUCCAGUAUUUUUACUGUGGCCAUAAAUACUUGUGUCUUGUUCUCUUCACUUUCAAUUCUAUAAGGACAGAUUAAGCUUUGUUCCCAAAUUUCAAGAGUGGAAGAUGUAGGAAUACUUAUUUUUUCAAUACAUAUUUUUUCAUUUUGUGCCCUCAGUUCAUCUGAAUCAUAUAGGUUUUGUCACUAUUACCACGUUCUUUGUUUGCUUGCUAAUAACGUGUUCAUUUCUGCCAAUCCCUGUGGGGUUUUCAAAAAAUGGGUGCUUUUCCGGGUGUUCAUCUUCUUCUUAGUUGGCUGGUUCUUUUUGCUACAUACCACAUAAGGCAGUGUAGUUGGUCAUAUGGUAAACUAGACAAUCAGGAUCUGUAGCGUGCCCCAUGCAGUGCUUAUGCAUGCCAUGUGGUGGCAGUUUAGCUUGUCUUUAUCAGUGAAGAGGGCUGGUAAUACUGAUGCAUUUUUACUGCUGGUUGCUGGAGACGAAAAUAUAGACCGACCAUAGUUACAGAGAGAGAGAGAGAGAGAGAGAGAGAGAGAGAUAUCUGUCAUUCUGCAAUUUCUUAUGUAUUGACAGAAAUAUAUGUGACAAACAGUGAACUAGUAUAAUUUAAUGAAGUAUAUAGCUGAUCAUGGCAUAAUAUAUAGGAAAGAAAAGUAUUUGGGACCUGGUGUGGAUUGAUUAGGUAUGUUGGAGGAAAGAGAUAGAAAUAAAAUGAGAGAACACAGAAUUGAACUGAACUGAAUUGAACUGAAAGAAAGAAAUGGAGAGAAAGUGUGUAUGAGAGUGUGUUUUGGGAGAACUGGGUGGAAGCCCAUUGCCCACGCAGGGCUGUGCUAUAUCGGAUAGGGGUGGAGUGUUCAGAGGCGCCGUGCGUGCGUGCGUACGCGUGUGUGUGCGCGCACGUGUGUGUGUGUGUGUGUGUCCGACCAGCAGUGAGCGCAGCAGUCUCACUCUACGUCACACCUCUCCGACAGCUACUGUGCUGAGCGCUGUGCUGUGCUGUGCCUCUGCCGUCCGUACAACUGGCUGCCGAUGUUUUUCCCUCGCUGUCUUUUACCACACGAUCCGACCUUUCCGCCAAUCCUUUCUUUUCCUCCGGCGUGUGUGAUCCUGUGUGAUAUCUCCUCUCAGACCUGAGCUUCGUCGCUGUCCGUCGCUCCACUUGGAAGUAGCGCUGUCGACAUUUACGCGAUCUUUUUUUCCCCCAUGCUUCAUUUUAAAGCGCCACUCGACCUGGCCGUGAUAUAUGUUGGGUAAAGGAGCAAAGCGGAAGCUAGAUGAGGAUGAUGAGGGAGUGGAAGGCAAAGCGCUGGCGAUGGCUGACGGCCUCUCCAAGGUCUCAUACACACUGCAGAGGCAGACCAUCUUUAACAUCUCACUGAUGAAGUUGUACAGUCAGCGUGCGCUGACUGAGCCGAGCCUGGAGAAGCGCGUGCUCAUCAACAACAUGUUGCGUCGCAUUCAGGAUGAGCUGAAGCAGGAGGGCAGCUUGCGGCCGCUCUUCUUUCCUCCCUCGCCUCCUCCAGACCACCCAAUGGACGAGGGAUUCCGGGAAGCGCAGCCUGCUUUUGGUGUACUCUCUGUGGUGGCUCCACCUCCUGUGCUAUCCCAGCAGCCCCCAGUCCCACCUCCGUCCCUGGCUCUAGCCAGCCCCACGCCGCUGGAUGCUUGCCUCACCCCGGCGUCUUUGCUGGAAGAGGACAGCGCUGUGUUUUGCACUUCUCCCUCUUCACUCCAUCAUUCUCCAUCCAGACUCCGCCCUCCAAUGGCCACUGACAGCUUCUCCUCGGCCCUGGAUGAAAUCGAGGAGCUAUGUCCAUCAUCCACAGCGGCAGGGUCUAUCACUACCUCCUCACUCACUGUGCCCCUUCACAUGCCCCUCCAGCCCUCCAACCAGCCCACCACAGCCUCAGACUCCAAAAACUGCACCAAAUCCUGCAGCUCAAAGCCGGAGGGGCCGAGCCCACUAUCUGUGGAGCGGUUAACAACAGGUACAGCAGGUACAGCAGCUACUGAGCCCAGAGGGAUGGACACUCUCCCUCCAAGUGGCUUGGACAUGAGCACUUUGCCAUCCUCCUCCUCUUCCUCAGGCUUCCUCACCGAUCUGGCCCUGGACGAUAUUCUUUUCGCUGACAUUGACACCUCCAUGUACGAUUUUGACCCAUGCACCUCGGCAGCAGGGGCCUCCCCAUCCAAACUAUCGCCUGUGGUGACGGCUGAUGACCUCAUCAAGACUUUAAGCCCCAACCAGCCUUUCAAAAUGGACCUCACUGAGCUGGACCACAUCAUGGAGGUGCUGGUAGGAUCGUGACCACAUUUGGCUGGGAAUGCAAAAAUAAAUCUUUUUUUUUAGAUACAAAUUUUUACAAACUCUUAAAUACUUAUCUCUGUGGGUGUUUUGUACAGUUUUUAUUUUUAAGGCAAGGCAAUUGUUAUAAUGAGUCGUGAUGUCACCCAGUACUACUUUUCAACACUGUGCAUGCACUGUGCUUGCCUUUCCAAAUAUGAACAUGAAGGAACACACUUGGCUUCUGUCAGAUUCGAGUGCCUUCAUCAAGAAUGACCACUUGGUAAAUUCCUGUCUUUUUUUUUUUUAACUAUUGUCUGUACUUAAUUUCUCAAAUAAGCAGAGAAGGAGUAGCAGCUUUCUUUCUCCUCCUCAGCGUACAGGUGCAAGAAUGUGCUUAACCAAGUCUAUUUUCGUAUAACUCUCAUUUUCAUAAAGCACAACGAAUUUAAAAGAGGAACUUGGUUUAUGUGCUUCUUUAGUGUUAUUGUUCAUAUGAUAAUAUUAUAAAGAAAUAUUUAAGUGAAUUCGCUUUAAAUUGAAUCUUGUGAAAUAACUUGUACUCUUUAGUAGGAAAUGGACAUACUUUACCCCAACUGAUGUAAUUAUACAUGAACUUUGGUAUGAGAUUUACCUUUAAACACGUUUCAGAUUAUCUGCAAUGGUGAUUUGGGUCCGGCAAUAAGUGCAUACUGUGCAUUUCUUUUAAUGUGACAAGGAGUUCUCUUCCUCAUCAGAAAAAAAAAACAAGUCAAGGUUGAGUCCUAUUAUGCGAUGCAAAUGCCCAUAACCGCCACCUUUUUUAUUUUCAAGUUUCCAAUUUUUUAAAUUUUUUUUUUACAUUUAUAUUAUUUUAAAAAUGCAAUUUCCUGUAAAAAUAUGACACUAACUUAUAGUAAGGGCCUGUAUGUGCCUGAUAAUGCAAUUUCAUUCAUUUAAUAAUUUAUGUCAUAAGCAGCCUCAAAUUAACAUUGAUUUAAAAAAUAAUCAAAAACAAAACAUUUUCUAUUUCUAACAUUGGUAUUGCUUGUUUUAUGAGCAUUUCCUUCACCUUCUCCUUUGCCAGCGGUACAUUAUUCAUGUUGCAUGCAGGAUUGCAUCAUAACGGUAAAAAAAAAAAAAAACCAACAAAGAA